AUGAAUUCAGCACCUAUACGGCGGCCCCUGGGCUGCCUCAAGAUGGUGCUACGGCAUUCAAGACAACAGAACCGGUCAUUCCGCCUCAGCAAGGCCCAGCUGCCUCGGGAGGUCCCCCCGGCGCCUAAGACGCCCGCCCCCGGAUUCUUCCCCAUCCAGGACAAACACACCCCAGACAAGCUGCGCACCGGCUUCGCGGUCUACACCUCCCCGACGAGCGUGAUCCCCUCGCUCAAGCUCACGCACCCGCACCUCAAGCCCCCGCCGCCGAACCCCGUGGCCGCGCACCACGCCUACCAGAUCCGCAAGAUGGACCCCUCGGGCGCGCGGACGCGGCUCUUCAGCAAGGAGAACCCGGACAGCGCGCGCGUCGGCGACAUCCUGCUGGUGACGACCAAGCGCGCCGCCGAGCCCUUCGCCGGCGUGCUCGUGAGCGUCCGCCGCCGGGGGAUCGAGUCGUCGCUGCUGCUGCGCGGCCAGCUGGCCAAGACGGGCGUCGAGAUGUCCUUCAAGAUCUACAGCCGCAACGUCACGGGCAUCGAGAUCAUCAAGAGGCGCGCCAGGCGGGCACGCCGGGCCCGCCUCACGUACCUGCGCCACCCCAAGCACGACGUCGGCAGCGUCGAGCAGCACGUGCGCGAGUGGCGGCGCAGCAGGAACGUCUUCGCCAGUGCUGUUGGCAAGGGCAAGAGGAGGCAGAAGAAGAAGGUCGAGUUCUAG